AUGGGAGGAGCGCCGUCGCACAUCUUGGGAGAGUCGCUGAUUCAGGGUGGGGCGGACGUGGUGAACAACCCGGACUGGUUCAAGAAGAAGGAGGUCACUCAUGUCGUGUCCAUUUGCGACAUGAGCCCGCGACACGAGCUCAAAGGCAAAAUUCACCUUGAUGUCGACGAUGUGAUGACAACAGACCUCUUCCAGUACUUCGAGCAAACGACCAACUUCAUACACAAGGCCAGAAGCGAAGGCGGACGCGUUUAUGUCCACUGCGCUGCUGGCAUCUCGAGAUCUUCCACCAUCACCUUGGCCUACAUGAUGACUUGGCUGGAGAUGGACUUCGAGACCGCCUACAAGGAGUUGGCCCUCGCCAGAAACGGUGUGAGCCCGAACGCUGGCUUCAGGGAACAGCUAUACAAGUGGGAGAGGAGCGAGCUCCUUCACAAGCUCAGGGAGGCCUUCCGUGCUGAGCGGGCCGCCAGCGAGCAGCUCAAAAAACUGCAUGAGCUGGACUUGGCGUGUCUGCAGCAAAGGAAGGACGAGAUGAAGCGAUCCAUGGAGCAGAGGUCGAACGGCUUCCGCCAGGAGGAAGAAGAAGACGACGACGAGGAGGAGGAGGAGGAGGAAGACCAGGCCAACUAA